CACUCAGCGCUGCAGCGAGUCAGGGACCAGACACACAUCAACCAUGCUGCAACUGAAAUGGGUAUUCUCCGUCAUGUAUCUUCUCUCGCGGUGCACUGUGUGCGAGGCUUAUCCACAUAAGCGGUCCGACAAGGCAGGAUCAUCAGAUGAGUCUUUCUCUGGAUUUCUCUCUGACCAUCCUCUUAACAGCCUAUCAGGUUCCUGCAAAAACAGGUGCUUUGAACUAGUGGAAGCAGAACCCCCAAACUGUCGCUGUGACAACCUGUGUAAAACAUACGAUACGUGUUGCUCAGACUUUGAUGAGCACUGCCUGAAAACAGCGGGAGGGUUUGAGUGCAGUAAAGAGCGCUGUGGUGAAACUCGUAAUGAGCAGCAUGCCUGUCACUGCUCAGAGGACUGCAUGGCCAAAGGAGACUGCUGCUCCAACUACAGGUCUCUCUGCAAAGGUGAUGUUCCCUGGUUACAGGACGAGUGUGAAGAGAUUAAAAACCAUGAGUGUCCUUCCGGGUUCGUUCGGCCCCCUGUCAUCAUGCUGUCUGUUGAUGGCUUUCGUGCAUCUUACAUGAAAAGAGGAAGCACGGUGAUCCCCAAUAUCGAGAAACUCAGAUCAUGUGGAACCCAUGCACCAUACAUGAGACCAAUGUACCCAACCAAAACCUACCCGAAUUUGUAUACAAUUGCAACGGGGCUUUAUCCUGAGUCACAUGGAAUUGUGGGUAACUCCAUGCAUGACCCUGGCUUUGAUGCUAACUUUAACUUCCGUGGGAAAGAAAAGCUCAACCAUCGAUGGUGGGGAGGACAACCUAUCUGGAUAACAGCAGUGAAACAGGGAGUAAAGGCUGGUACAUUUUUCUGGCCAGUUGUCAUUCCAUUGGAAAGGAGAGUUCUGACUAUGUUGCAAUGGCUUCACCUUCCUGAUGCAGAGAGGCCAUAUGUUUAUGCAAUGCAUUCUGAACAGCUGGAUUCCUAUGGCCACAAACUAGGACCCCACAGUACCGAGCUUGACAGUGCACUGAGGGAGAUUGAUAAGGUGAUUGGACAGCUGAUGAAUGGCCUGAAACAGAUGAAACUGCACCGUUGUGUCAAUAUCAUCUUGGUUGGAGACCAUGGCAUGGAGGAAGCUCAUUGUGACCGCACAGAGUUCCUAAGCUCUUACAUGUCCAACACAGAUGACAUCAUCCUAAUUCCUGGCUCUCUGGGAAGGAUUAGAGCCCGAAAUCCAAACAACUCUAAAUACGAUGCAAAAGCAGUUGUAGCAAACCUUACAUGUAAAAAGCCAGACCAGCACUUCAAACCAUACUUGAAGCAGCACCUUCCCAAACGUUUGCACUAUGCCAACAACCACAGAAUUGAGGAGAUUCACUUGAUGGUUGAGAGGAAAUGGCACAUAGCACGAAAGUUCUAUGAAACAAAAAGGAAUCAUGGGAAAUGUGGGUUUGCUGGUGAUCACGGAUAUGACAAUAAGAUCAACAGCAUGCAGACCAUUUUCCUUGGAUAUGGACCAGCUUUUAAAUUCAAGACAAAAAUUCCACCAUUUGAGAAUAUUGAGCUUUACAAUGUCAUGUGUGAUCUCCUUGGCUUGAAACCAGCCCCUAACAAUGGUACCCAUGGUAGCCUUAACCAGCUCCUAAGGACCCCUCUAUACACACCCAGCAUGCCUGAAGAAGUGUCUAAGCCAAACCCUGCAGGACUAGUCACAGCUGUUAAUGAUGAUCUGGGCUGCACCUGUGAAGACAAGUUGCGUUCAAAAAAUAGGGGGCAGAGGGCAUUGAAAGUGACCCUUGUAAGAGGCUAUAACCUGGAGUCACUGUGGCUCUGUCUGUUACAGAACAAAGUGGAAGAGCUCAAUCAACGACUGAGACAAGUUAUUGAUGACAACAAGAAUCUUCCUUAUGGUCGUCCAGCGGUCAUGUUCCGCACCAAAUACUGCAUCCUUCAUCAUAGUGAAUACAUUAGCGGCUACAGUGAAGCUUUGUCUAUGCCUCUCUGGACAUCUUAUACUGUAUCUAAGCAGGUAGAUUUCACCCCUCUGACUGAGGAUCUGAGUAGCUGUGUUCGGCCUGAUAUUAGAGUUCUUCCAACCUACAGUCAGUCCUGCUCAAGCUACCGCGCAGACAAACAGAUCUCCUACAGCUUCCUCUAUCCACCUCAGCUUUCCUCCACCCUGGAACCGAGAUAUGAUGCUGUUCUCAUUACCAAUACUGUACCAAUGUAUCCAGCAUUCAAACGUGUGUGGGGUUAUUUCCAGAAAUCACUUGUGAAACGUUAUGCUAGUGAGAGAAAUGGAGUGAAUGUGGUCGUUGGGCCCAUCUUCGACUAUGACUACAAUGGUCUUAGAGAUUCAGCAGAGACAAUAAAACAAUAUGUCAGUGGCUCUGUGCAAAUCCCAACUCAUUACUACAUUGUUGUUACAAGUUGUCUGGAUUACACACAGACUCCUGACUCCUGUGCUGGCCCUCUAAGUGCAUUCUCUUUCAUCCUUCCACACCGAUCAGAUAAUGAUGAGACCUGUAAUAGUUCAGAAGACGACUCAAAGUGGGUGGAUGAACUAAUGAAGACACACACAGCGCGCCUACGGGACGUGGAGUUACUCACAGGACUAGAUUUUUAUCGCCGCACCAGCAGGACCUAUGAGGAGAUUCUCUCUCUAAAAGUGUACUUACACACAUAUGAGAGUGAGAUCUAAACCACUGCAUCCCUGCAUUAGCAUUCCCUACAUCUUAACUCUCAGGAUGCAGAAGUAAGGUGUAUAUUUUUAUAGAAUCUAUCAUAUUUAUUUUUGGUUGCACUUUAUUUUAAGGUGUCCGUGUUGCAGUAUAGUUAUACAUUUAAGUACUGAGUAGUAAUAAUUAGCUACAUGUACUUAGUAUAGGGUUAGGAAUAGGGGUUGGUUUAGGGUUAGUUACAUGCAAUUAUGCACAAUUUAUAGUAAUUACUAUAGUAACUACAUGUAACAUGUAACAAGGACACUG